AUGGGCCAGCGACGCACGACAGAUGCGGACGAGGGUCAAAGACGCGAACCCGGGCCAAGCAGUGCGUCCUGGCAGCUAGUUGGCCAGAGAAGGGCGGGAGCCGUCGAGUCGCGAGAUUACAGGGCGUCGAUCCGGGAGCUGGCGGCGGACGGACGGCCUGGCGUAACAUGCUCGACGUUGGAGUCGUUGCUUUUUGGUUCCUUGUGCAUGGCCGCGGAGCAGGGUUGCUGCGACUCUGCUGCCGCGGGCCAGUACCGCCCUUGCCGGAUGCCAAUGAGCGGUGAGGGAAGAGUAAACAAGAGAGGCCGCCUGACGAGCGAUGUGUUGCACCGCGGCGGCGGCGGCGGCGGCGGCGGAGUGUGUUGA